AUGGCCGAUCGAGCAACUGGACCUCCGGGUGGGGAGUCCAGCCGACAAGGAGCAGGGUAUUAUACCCCUCGAAUUUCAUCACCACCUACGGAACCCCCAGCUAUUCAGCCAAAAGAAACACUAUACCUAGGGCUCCCAAGCCUCUCGGAGGGACCAGACGAUGAGAUGUCGGGCAUCUCAUUUGACUUAAACGAGCUCCUAUACGCAAGGCCCGACAGUGAGAUUACGGCCCGAGCAAUGGUGAGGGACUUCCUGGACGCGAAGUGUAGAGGGCUGAGGGAUUACGACCUAUGGAGCCUAUUCCGGCACGCUUUCUCACGCUGGGAUUGGACGAGUUUUACGAUGACGGGGGACAAUACGGGACGAGGCCUUAAGUUUGCUACCCUUAUUGGCCUCAGGGAACACUUGCUGUCCAAAGGCGUGUGGUGCCCCUCAAAGCAAAGGGGCUACGCCAAUAGGAUGGUCAAGCUCUUGAACGAUGAGCAGCAACACCAAUGGACCCUCCAGGAAAUAAAGGAGCAACAGGCAACACCCCUAGGCCUCGAUUCAAGGUGGACCGUCGAAAACCUCACGGACGACGACGACGACGAUAUUACACCUCAACCACCUCUACCCUCGCGCAGUCCAAAAGGGAAGGAAAAGGAGACCUCAGGCAGGAAGGAAGAAAGGGAGGAGAUCCGAAGGUUACGGGAGGAGUUUUUGAGGGAAAAGAGCGAUAUGGAACGAAGUAUGGAGGCUAUGGCAAGGCAAAUGGCGGAAUUACGAACUUACGCUAUACAAUCUAACGAAGAGCUACGACGAAGCACUUCAGCGACCCGCCAAAACCUGAGAGCAUUCCGGACAAAAUCAGCUCUCACCAGGGACAGCGUGCAGAUUUCCGUGCCCAACCUCAACAACCCGAGGGGGGGAUCCAGCACCCUCGGACGUACCGGCAAGCUACCCACACCUCUCAAGAGGCCACGUAUCAACAAGAGAGAGACUAGGGGUAUGGGAAUCGCCAAGAACGCGCCCAGGGCUGGUGACCCGAAUGGCCCUGGCGAUCCUGACGAUGACCGACGAAAGGGAAACGGGGGAGAUUGGCAGGGAGAUCGAGGCUACGGGUACGGAGGAGGUAGAAAUGGGCCCCCUGGACCACCAAGGGGAUUCGGAAACGGACCCUUAAGGGACCCCGGAUUCGGAAAUGAGCCUCUUAGGGACCCUGGAAGAGGACGGACCACCGGCAACUAUAUCGGUAAUCCCUUACCGAUCAGACCAUUAGCCAGGCAAAGCACACUUGCGUACGGCACUCUAGGCGCCCCUGACGAUGAUGGUGACGAUUUCCUUGAGCUAGGAGCAGCAGACCCUCACCCAAGAGCGAAGGAAUUGGCCUUGUUCGCGCGAAGCUUUCCUAAGGAGCUGAAUCGAUACGGUUUGACCUCAGACGACUACUUGGCGGCGUUCCUUAUCAUGCUGACGGGGGAAGCUAUAACCUUCUAUUACAAUCAUGUGAUCAAGGCUAGGCUUCUUACGUUCAAGGCGAACGCUAUUGCUGUGAGAGACCACUUCGAGACUGACCACCGGCGGCAAGCAAAAUACGACCGCUGGGAGGAAAUUUCGCUGGAUUUGGUCAGGAAGGAGAAUCCAGGGACCUCGCUUAGCGAGUGCUUUGAGAAGCUCGCUAAGGAGCUCAGGGGCAUUCAGGGCUCUCUACGACCAGGUUUGAGGGACGAUCGAAGUCUUGCUAACAAGCUGUAUUCAGCUUGUAAAAACGUGCCAGAGACUACGAUUGCACGAAUGAAUCCUGCUUUUACCUCUACCGCGGCAGUUGCUGACAUUCGUCGAGCAAUUGCCUUUGCAACUGAGACCUCCCGACCUCCCGCCAAGGCUAGAGCUUACGCGAGCUCUAGCGAGCCACACGAUCACACCUGCUCUCACAACACCUCAGAGGCUGACUCCGAUUUGGACGAGGAAUACGAAUGUAAGAAAGCUGCCAAGGCUACUACUGAGGGUGAGAAAAGGUGUUUUGUUUGCAAGAAGCCAGGUUGCUGGAGCACUAACCACACCCUCGACGAGAGAAAGGCAUCCGUCGCUAAGUUCCAGGCCUCUAAGGACGCAAAAAGGGGCUUGCCACUUGUAUCCACGGAAGAAUUCGAUCAGUUUAUCGCAGGCUUACUAGACGAGCCGCUCGAAUCGGGCAGCUACGCCAACAUAUCAGAAGGUUUUGUGACUACCUACGGCACCUUUGACGCUGACGAGGUAUACAAACAGCUGGAGAUUCAGACGGCAUUCUACGCUUUUACUAGCCAAAUCGAGACCCAAAACGUGCCCGCGGGCAAAGCAGAGACUUACAUGGCCUCUAGGUACUCGGAAAACGUCUUCAUGGGCCUUAUGAUCGACAGCGGAGCAGCCAAUUUCUCUACCGCUGGCUUGCCCCAGCUACGAGCACUCCAAAAGAGGUACCUCGAGGUCCAAUUAGAUACAUCCCGGGCAGGGGAGAAGUCCGUCAAAUACGGCAUCGGCUCUGCUACCUCUAUUGGAGCAGUUACCCUACAAACACCCUUGGGUCAGGUGGAGUUCCACGUUGUGGAGAGCGACGUACCCUUCCUAUUCUCAUUGGCUGACAUGGACAAGCACAAGGUGAUCCUGGAUAACUUGCGGAACGUGCUAGUCCAAGGGAAGAGGGAAAUACCAGUGGUAAGGAUGUUUGGGCACGUGUGGAUGCUACUGAGUAAGGAGCACGCUGCUACCUACUAUAGCACCGAGGGCGAGACCGUCUAUUGCCACCUUACGGAAGAGCAAUUGAGGACCAUCCACAAGCGUUUUGGCCACCCUUCAGCAGGUCGAUUUGCUGCUGUUCUCAAGAGGGCCGGGCACGAAUUUAGGCGGGAUUUGCUCUACAACAUUCAAAAGUUUUGCCACCACUGCCAAGUAUUCGGACGCUCCCCGGGGAGGUUUAGUAUCAAGCUCAAAGAUGAUACUGACUUCAAUGAUACGGUAUACGUGGACGUAAUGCACCUUGACGGCAAGAACGUAUUGCACGUCGUCUGCGAUUCUACUAAUUUUCAAGCCGCCACCUUCUUCAAAAGCAUGUCCGCACAGCACUUACUUGAGGGAUUCAGUCGAUGUUGGGUCAAUACCUACGUCGGACCUCUUACAAACGUCGUACACGAUCCCGGAACCAACUUCAAUUCGGUAACGUUCCGAGGCUACCUUAAAGGUAUUGGCAGCACCCUAAAGCAGAUGCCUGUGGAAGCCUAUCACAGCGUCGGGCUAGUGGAACGCUACCACGUCCCUGUGCGACGCGCCUUUGAGAUCGUCACAAAAGAGCUUCUAAAAGCCCCAAGGGAGGACCGGCUUCAAAUGGCUAUCAAAGCCAUCAACGACACAGCUGGACCUAAUAGCCUGGUUCCUACACUCCUCGUUUUUGGGACCUUACCGAGGCUGACGGAGCAAGAUCGACUUGCCGCGUCUACCCAGGAGCGUGCUGCUGCUAUCAACAAGGCUAUGAGGGAAGUACGAAAAUGCCACGCUGCGAGGCAGGUUAAGGACGCGCUCAAGAGGAGGAAUGGCCCAAUUACGGAGCAUACCCUAGACCUCCCUAUUGGCUCACGGCUGCCAGAGGAGUUGCAGGUACUUGAGGUAGAGGUGGAGGAAGAGGUGGAAGAAGAUCAGAGCGAAGGCGAAAAAGAGCUGGAACUACGAAAUUCGCCUAAACCUCAAAAGUCGCUUAAUCCACCGAGGUCGCUUAAUCUAAGAAGCUCGCCAAGAUCAGCAAACAGCCCUCCUCAACUUAAGUACGAUCCGAGUAUCCCGACCGUGCUCGAUAAGGAGGAGGACGAUUCCUACGUGCUAUUCACCAAGGACUCCGAAGUGUUGGUUACCGACAAAGAACGCCGGGACCAUGAGCUCUCAGCCAAGCUACGAGCCGAGGGAGUCAUCAAGAGCCCUGGGGCACCAUUUCAAGAGUCUAGAGCAAAGGAAUUGGCUGGAUUAAUAGCCCAAGGCAUCCUCCAAGUGAUCCCGGGCACCGACCUACGCGCUAAGGGCGCCAGGAUCUUCGGAUCUAGGUUUGUUGACGAGAUCAAGGGCAAAGGAACACCUACGUUAUACGAGAAGUCUCGUAUAGUCUGUGGCAAGGAUAUCACUCAGGCUUACACUCAGUCAGGUACGAAGCUCAUUCGAAUAAUCGUCGUGCGACCACUUAAGGAGAUCACCUAUCGAUUCCCCCCCGGCACCUUGUUCCUUAUGACUGGCCCUUUAUACGGCAUCCCCGAGGCAGGGACACACUGGUAUAAGCGUUUUUCCGGGCACUUUACAAACAACCUCGGCAUGAGGCAAUCGAGCUUUGACUCUUGCCUUUUUGUGUCAACUAACAAAGAUCAGCUAGGAAUAGCUGCCUUACAGACGGAUGAUGUUCUUAUGGUUGUCAAUCCAGCUAUGAGGGCAAAGGAAGAGAGGGAGCUGGUCAAAUCCAAGCUAAGGAGCAAGGAAAUAGAGACCCUUACACACGCCGAGCCGAUGAUUUUCAAUGGAUGCAAGCUAUCCUUGGAUAAGGACGGGUUCGGACUGUCAGUUGGGCAAAAGGGGCAGGGUGAGAGGCUUGCCGUAAUCAAGCUCGAUUCAGCUACGCGGGCUAAGGAGUACUUGGAGCAACGUGCCCGAGGGGCGUAUUUAGCUACCAUUUGCUACCCAGAGGCAUCUUGCGCUCUAUCGAUGGCUGCCCAGCACCAGGAACCGAGGGACGAGGACUACAAGGCCCUCAAUAAGGUGAUCCAGUGGCUGAUCGAUCACCCAACUCGAGGGAUCCACUACGUGCCCUUAGACCUGAGGACGGCGAAGCUCUUUGUGUUCGUGGAUAGAGCGUUUGCUAAUAACGCUGACCUUAGCUCCCAGAUCGGUUUCGUAGCUAUCCUUGGCAAUGAGGCUCACAAGUGCAAGAGGGUGACAAGGGCGGUGUUAGCCUCUGAGCUAUACGCUAUGUCCUUAGGUAUCGAUAUGGCCAUUGCUAUGUCGACUACCUUUGCCCAAAUCACAGCUCAGCUAAGGAUCCUUAAUUUCCUCGUGGUUGUGUGCACUGACUCUUACUCGCUUUACGAGUGUAUAGUAAAGCUGGGAACUACCAAGGAGAAGCGCCUGAUGAUCGAUAUUAUGGCUAUUCGGGAGUCAUACGAGAGGCGGGAGCUAUCUGAGGUACGCUAG